CAUGACCGGAAGCAAAAAAAUAUAGCGGUUGUGUGGGAGCACUUUUGAAAUGAAAACAAACCCCGCUAACACCUCUAGCCUGCUUUACCCAUAUAAUUAAUACAUAACGUUACAUAAAAUACACGAGGCUCGCCUUGGAGGCAGGCUCGUGAGUGAACAGCGAUGAGUCGGAAGGCUGAAGAGCAAAUUAAUCAAACCUGGGCUGAUCGUCACAACUGGGAACAUGCUGGCAAGGCCUUUUAAUGUGAGACAAAGUAACUUACACCAUCAUGGAUGACUCGGACCAGGAUUUUGUAGAUCUCUGCUCGAAGCUGCUAAAGCGAGUCCGCAAGAAACCAGGUGAGCCCAGACAGCCAAGGAAAGCAGAGCAUCAGCCCUCCAGCCAGGCAAGCGAAGGGGACAAGAGGAGGAGAAAUAACAAAGGAGAGGGUGACUGUGGGUCCAAGUUUGCUGGCACCCAGCCUGUUUGUACAGGUGCAGCAGCCGAGCAGCAUGUGGUCUGCGGAGGGACUGGACAUGAUUCAGGAGAUGCUGGGUCUUCAGCUGUGCCUGCAGCAGUGCCGAGUGCCGAGAGAGGUUUGGCAGCGAAAGACAAAGUACUCCACAGAAUGCAACAGUUUAAGAGAGUUAGUCCUCAGAGGUUGGUCCACAAGGAGAAGAGCCGGCCAACAAACGAUUGCGUUCCUCCACCACCUCUGGCACAAAGACGAGAUCCUCCCGAAUACUUCACCUCGGGCCUCCACCUGGAGCUGCAGGACAGUGAUGAGGCUCUGGCCCUGCGGCUGCAGCACGUGCUGGACAGGGAGGCAGCAGAAGCCCAGAUUGUGGACCUAGAGGAUGGAGGCCUCUUUUUCUGUCAGAUCUGCCAAAGAGACUUGUCGCACAUGACCUCUGAGGGGCGAACACAGCACCUCAACAGGUGUUUGGAUGAGAGUGAAAAGAGCGCCCCAGCCCCUCCUCCUCCUCCUGGCAUCCCUGACUGUCCCAUCUGUGGCAAGAAGUUCAAGUCCCAGAAGAGUCGUUCAGCCCACCUCAAGCGCUGCUCUUCAGACAUGGGCGUCACUUCGGCUGUGCUGCUGCAGGCAGUGCAGAGACAGGCUGAGGAGACCCAGAAUCUCCACGUUGCUAACACACUCGCACAGACUGGAGGCACCAAAAGAAAAGGCCCCUGCAAGCCAGGCCUCCCAGCAAGGAAGAAGCCCAGGAAGAAGACUGAACCCAUGGAUGAAGACACCAUGGUGGCCCUGGCUCUGUCCUCCUCCCUUCUGGAACAGGAGAGGGAGGCAGAGAGACAGUUACAUACAGAGACUGCUGCUUCUCACAUCUCCAUGACUCCAGCGUUGAAGUGGAGGCCAGACGCAGGUAAGGGGCGUGGAAAGAAGAAAAAAGGCGCCGUCCCUUGUCCUCCUCCGCUCCUCCUCAUUCAGGAUGCUGAGGCGGCUCUGACAAGGCUGCAGGAACGGGUUUCUGCUCUCCUCAUACACCAUCGGCCCCCCUCUCCCCCCACCCCGACCCGCUGCCCCAGCAGUCUGCCUGGCUGGAGCGGUGCUGCCCCCCUCUGGCAGAAGAGCACACUACUGGGCGGAGGCUCCAACUGUUUGUCUGAUUUCUACACUCCAGAGCUCGGAGAGUUCAUCACACCUUCGCAAUCUGCAGCGACCGAUGCAACCACCUCCUCCACCAACAGGCCUGAGUCUUCUGUCCAACCUGUGAGCGAAGGAACUCCUCUCACAGGAACCAGGGCCUCCAUCCUGCUGUCCUCUUCCCAGAUGGCCUCCUCCACUCCAGAGACAGGGCAGCUCCCAGUGGGCAGCCAGGCACUCCUAGAACUGAUGGAGCUGGCUGAAGACGGUGUUACCCUCACCCAGUGUGGUUACACUGCUUCAGGCCCUGAGAAAGACAAGAUCGCUGCACAGAUCACAAACCUCCAUCUGAGCGGGUUCGUCCCAGAGGAGGUUGUGCAGGCUGACCCACGUUUGAGUAGCUUUCUGCCAGAUGUGACACACACACACUCAGAGGACACCCACGGCCAAGCGAGGAGGACAGCUGAUCAGCCAGGAGCACAUAAAGAGCGAGGAAGCCACAGACCAGUGGCGCUGUCCAGGCUGGUAUCAGACCUGAGCAGCAUGGUGAACAACCCUCAGCUCAGUGAUCUGCAGCUCCAGGUGGACAGUGGAGAGGUCUACUUUGCUCAUUCCUUCAUGGUGUAUGCUCGCUGCCCCCUGCUGGCAGAAAUGGUACAUGAGAGUGGUUUUGGGGCUCAGGAAGAAGGCAUGCCUGCAGCACAGAGGGUGUUGAUGAACGACAUCCCGGGACAGGCAGUGUUUGCUUUGCUGCAGUACCUCUACACAGCCCACUGCUCCAUCCCAGCAUCACUGAGGCCUCAUGUACUGGAGCUUGCGUCUAGGUUUGACUUGAAGGAGCUACAGCAGCUUUGCGAGCUCAACCAAGAGGACGCAGCGACUCAGUGGGAUGAGGAAAACUACACAAAUGAGGAGAACGUCCACAACCAAACAGACCAGGCCUUCACGGAGCUGCUCCGCUCAAUGUGGAUGGAAGAGGAUGAAGACAUCCAGGGUAGGGAUCCAGAUGGAGGAAGCGAUGAAGAGAGAGGAUUGGAAGAAGCCGAUGACCUCACGUCAGGUGAGAGAGAGAUUCACGAGGAGAGAGUGAACGAGGAAGAGCUGGAAGAGAUCUACGAGUUUGCCGCCACGCAGAGAAAGAGGGAGGAGGAGGAGACGGCAGAUGAGGAAGAAGAUGGGGAAGAAGUGUUCGUGAACCUGACAGAACCCAGAAGAAGCUCAACGGGCUUCAGCAUAAAAAACCUGCAGCCGGAUCCCAGCCUGGAUUGCAGCUACAGCCGUCUCUUCUCUGACUCCUGGGGGGUCUACGAGGAAGGUGAUCCUUCCUCCUUACCCUCCACUUCACAUACCCCUCAAUCCCAACAACACCAGUCCUCUCAUAAACCCUUAUCUAAACGGUCCGGCAGAACUUUGCUUCAGUCUUCAGCGAGCGGAGUUGACGACCUUUCCCUCAGCCCCCCGCCCAGUACAUCCAACCUUCCUGUCCCAGGUCAGUCCCCUGGUCAAGUGGGUGACUGGGGUGGCGGUGGAGACAAGGGAACAGAAGGUUUGCCUUUGAAGCGAGACAGCCAACGCCCCCGUAGUAUGUGUGUCCCUCUUUCCCCUAAUUCGCCUCAGAAAAAGGAUGAACCUGAGCUCAUAGUUUUGUCUGACUCAAGCGAGGAGACAGAGGUGGUUCUUAGUUCCCGCAGUCCCUCGCCACAUCCUCCUUGCGCCGUCCAGAAUCUGCAGAGCUACACCCAGAUCAAACCUCAGUCAGUCCUGAAACCUGGUGAACCCACGCUGGAGAAUAAAGAGCCCCGUAGUUUAGAGUUUAGUCCUGGUGAUCCAGUUCAUCCAGGCUCCGGGUGUGACCAGAUUCCAGUGGACUACUCUCCAGAAGUGUCCUGGCUGAUCCCAUCCACACCGCUCCAGCCCAGAAGAAGCACCACAACCAGCUCCACUCAGACCAAAAGCAGCAUGUGCAGGACGCAGCUGUUCCCUAAAGGGGAAACCUCCCCGCCCUCUGUUUCCUCUUCUCCUGCUUUACCAUUUAACAACAGACUGCAGACCUCCAGCAGUCCAACCAGAGUUUCUGCCCACGUUUGUCCAACAGAGGGCAGUGUUCCCAGGAUAAAACUGGAAGAGACUGUUUCCUCUAGCUCCAGCUUUGAUCUAAACUUUUGUACUAAACGAAGCAGUAAUGAUGUGGGUAAGGAUGGAGAAGUGUUUGCAGUACCCCCAUGCCGACCUAAGCUCUCACACCCCUCAGGCUCGACUUCCUCAAAGCAGGACACACCCCUCCACAUCCAGCCCCAGCCUUACAGCAGCACCCCCCUGCACACAGAGCUCCACCAGCCCCCUGUUCUUGGCACCUCCCCACUUCACAGCUGCCUCGAUAAGCAGAGGUCAUCAAGUCAAGGAAGGGAUAGGACGCCAUCUCUAAGCCCGGAGAAGGCCGAGUUAGGGAGCUUUCAUCUGUCCACCUUGUCUGACCCUUCAGAACCACCCUCCUCUUCCUCUCACAGAGGUCUUCAGAGUUCACAGAGACACAGCGACUCCUCUCAUCAAUGUUCUGCUGAGUCCAGCAGUCACAGUGACACAGGGCCUGAGCUAACGAGGAGAGGACUAAAUAUGAAUACAGAGCGAGAGAUGGGGCGCAGAAAUAAAGAUCCAGCUAAUGACGGAGAGCAGGAAGAAUCAGAAGCGGAAACUGGAGAGGCAGAAGUUUCAGAAUUGAGUCUCCAGCAGAGCUUCAUGGCCAUGGAUGAGCCCCCCAUAGCUUUCAACGACUCGUGGGGCUUCGACGACUGUGUAGAUGCCAACCCGGGCUGCUUCAGUCUGAGGCUGGAGGACAGCACAGGAUCGGGCCAGCAAGAGCACAGCGCAGGACAACGAGAAACCGCCAGUUCAACGUCCUCUACCGACUGUCACCCUCCACCAUCUAGUUACUGCAUCCAGUCAUUGAAGAGUCGCGGUGGUGCGACUGCCUCCUCUCCACCCAAAGCCCCUUCCUUUACCCCUUCACCACCUGACCCCACCACCCAGACAACACCAGAGAUGAUCAACAGCCUCCUGGAUUCCAAAAUAUGGGACAGCUGGGAGGAGGAAGAGGAGGAGGAGGCGGCUCUUCCUUUCUCUCAGCGGAUGAACCCCUCUGCCCAGCUCAGAACACCAGCAUCAUCACACAAUAAAAGGCUUCGAACCUUGGUGCCUAUCACCCCCCUGCCUCACUACUCUGACAUGGACACGCCGGAGCUCAAGAACAAACUCAACAGGUUUGGUGUUCGGCCUUUACCGAAGCGCCAGAUGAUCCUCAAACUGAAGGAGAUCCACCAGUACACCCACCAGCUGGUCAGCUCCGACUCCGAGGAUGAGAUACCCUCUGGGGGCCGCGCAGCUCAGACAAAGCCCCCACCCACCAGUUCAGUGGCCGCUGGCAACAAGCCGCUCUCCUGCGGCCACACAGUGAAAUUUAAAGAGCCCAGGGUGCCUGCAGCCAUCUCCCCUCAGAAACACAACACAGAGGAGGAGGCUGAGCUGCUGUCUGCCUCACAGGGCUCCAACACCUCUUCAACAGCUGCCAGUGAGGAAUCUGAAAGGUCCAACCCAGAGCUGUGUGUCUCCUCCGAUGGUGACUCAGACAGUGAUGGUGGCAUCUCUGCCUCCCAGGCGGCAACGCACCUCCAGGAUCGCCUCCGGGCAGUGCGCUCCUUCAUCCUGUCUGACUCCAGGCUGUACAGCCAGAUCCUCGAGUACCAACCUCUGGUCCUGUCCCAGCUCCAGGAGCGACUCAAAGCAGCCGGGAUCCGCUUGGGUGUCUCCAAGCUGGUGGACUACCUGGACUCCCAGUGCAUCACCUUCACUACGGCCAAGCCGGGCCACUCGGCACCCAGCCGCAGGCGGGGCAAGAGGACAGACAAAGGGGCAAAGGCAGCAGGUGAAAAUGGCACAGGCAGAAAAAGAGGUGUUACAGCCAUGCAUUAAAACAUUGACUGCCACAAAGGUUGACAUGGAAACUCAACAGUGGCAGGUUUUACUUCAAUGCUUCAAACAUUUAAAACAACAACAAAACAAAUUAAAUUAUGACAUUUUAAAAUAACGUUGCGGUUGCCCCUGGACAGUUGGCACACAGCUCAUUCAGGAGACUUGAAGUUUAACCAUUUUGUUUAAAACAGUUAAGUUUCUUCAGGUUUUGCAUUUUAUGGAUUUAAUUUUAAAUGUUGCGUUUAUUAUGAAUGUACUGUGAAAAUAAAAGAUGGUCAGUGUUUGUGUGGCCCAAGGAA